AUGACGCGAUCGUACCAUCUGCUGCUAGCGUUGGUUUGUCUGCUGCUAAUACAACCGACGAUCGGGCGCAAAGCUUGGGGCAAACCAUCCAGCGGCACCGAAAGGAACCCCCGUGAGGACGAUCGUACGGGGCGCGUACGGACACAUAUGGCCGCCGGUUUCAUCGACGAUCGACCGGUGCAAAGGGAGGCGCCACCGCGGUGGUGGUCUGAAGGAAAAGCAACAGAGGCUGCCGGAAGCCAACGGAAGACGCCGGUCCGGGGGACAAGCGGGCCGGUUCACACUUACAUAAAAACGGACAAAAACGCCAACUUUAAGUGGGGCGUGCGGCACUUUGUAGGGAAAGCGUACGCCCGGUGA